CUCAUGGGUACACUGCCAACGGCUGCCUGGUAUUGUGACGCAAUCAUUUCAAUUGUAGUUUUGAAUUUCUCUUCAUUCUUAUUUCUAAGCCAGUUUAAUAUUCAGUAGCAUUCAAGCUUUGGCAACCUCAGAUGAAGUACGAUGUUUUACCGGCUCAAUUUGGAGACCAACGUAGGCUAGACCUGUAGCAUGGACAGCGACGAGGCCCGAAAAGGGUUACAGGAAGCCCCAGAGAGGACAUUCCCUGUAUUCUUCAGAGGAAAACUGGGGGAGAAGCUCCAUCAGGAGACCCCCGGGUUUGACCUGUUGGACCCCAACAUGAGAGUCAUGGAUGUUAGUUAUAACUGCCUCCACGACAAACACCUGAAGAGUUUUUUCCGCCAUCCGGAAAGGAAGAAGCGGCUGGUGAAGCAAGGCCUCAUCACCUCAAAUGAGAAGGUGCUGUGUACGUGUAAAGAGUACAAUCGCUACAGUAGCUACAUCAAGUCAGUUCAGUUGCUGUGGGAGAAGCAGUGCUGUGCCCAGCAGAAAAAUCUUUUGAAGCAGUUCCUAGUCUUGCAGCAGCAAGGGGAGGUUCCUUCCCACAUCUCACUGACGGAUAUUAGAGAAUGGCUCAUUGCCAAGGGUAGAAACUACUUCAAGAACACGUUUCAGAGUGAAAUGGAAGAGGGGAAGAACCUUCACUUGGCCGAACUGGCUUGGGAUGUGAAACGACGCCGCAGGCUUGAGGAGCUGGAAAGAGAAGUGUGCAGGGAGCUGCGCCUGGAGCGCCGAAUCCGCUGGUCGGUGAUUGGACAGCCUGGUAGCCAGAUGGGAGAUUGGAGACCCCUGGGCAUGGAGACACACACACCUCUGGUAAUGGACUCUCCCUUCAAACACUCCACCUCCUCGAUGGACACUCUUUCCAGUCAGAUCUCGACUAAGAACCUCGAGGUUGCUAGGCUACAUACUGCCAGACCACGUUAUGCCAGACCACCAACUGAAAGACCUAGCAGUGACUCUGAUCACUCUGGAACCUUGUCGACUGUGACGACCUGCUCACCACAUUCAGCUAGCCCGUCAGUGAUUACUGUUAGGGACUUGCUGCUCAUGAUUGGGCACAUAACUAGCUCAGUAUUGGAGGAGGUAAAUAGCAUCCUGAUCCCUGCCUUGGUUGACCUUAUAAGGCUGAGAGCUUCAGAAAGUGAUGCAGAGAGUAUGCUCUCCAUCAGCAAAGACACCAACGAAGAUUCAACCCAGGGCUCUGUCAGCUGUACCUCCCUACUCUCCAAAGUCAAUGUGAUCUGUCUCACUCAGAGUCCUGACAGUAAGUCCUCCCCAAUCUCCAUUGAAGAACCAGUCAAAACUUGUUGUAGCAGCAGUUCUCUGUCCAGUGAGGAACGAGCACACUCUUCCUCCAGUCAGAUCUCUACUAAGAACCUCCUGGCUACUUGGCCACGUUCUACCAGGCCCCAAUCUGCCAAACCGCCACCUGCUAAACCAUCACCUGCUAAACCACCAUCUGAUAAACCGUCACCUGCUAAACCGUCACCUGCUAAACCGUCACCUGCUAAACCGUCACCUGCUAAACCACCAUCUGCUAAACCACCAUCUGCUAAACCACCACCUACUAAACCACCACCUGCUAAACUACGAUCUGCUAAACCACAAUCUGGCAAACCACCACCUGCUAAACUACGAUCUGCUAAACCACCACCUGCUAAACCACAAUCUGCUAAACCACUACUUGCUAAAUUACAAUCUGCUAAACCACCUACUGCCACUGACUACUCUGGAACCUUAUCUGCUGUGGUAGGUCGUGGGCAUGUCAUCCCUGUCAAACUGACCUUGGCCCCUUUCUCCUCCUUACUCUCCAGCGAAGAGACCAACACCAACCUCCCCUCCAGCAGCCGCCCCUCCUCAUGCUCUAUCAAGCUUUUAGACAGAAGGAGUGACAUUCCUUGCUCCCUGGCUGUGAGCUCUAUUUCAACUGUUCCUGGACCUGACUCUAGCAGGAGCCCUAAGCGGGAGAAUCAAUAUGCUACUGAGGUCUCGUCGAUCUGCCUCAGCCAAGAUAGAAAUGGCCAAGGAGGGAGUGUGACACCUCCAGCCCCUUUGGAUGUUUCCCUCCCCUCCAUUAUUGAGCGGGCUGGCGGACUUGUAUGUUCCGUCAUCUCCCAGUCUUUAGCAAUUGUGGAGGCGCGGUCAAGUGUGAUUGGUGAGAAGGGCUCUCCAUCUCCCACCACAGUCUCCCAUUCUCCUACAAGGGUGUUUGUCAGCCACUUAAGGAGUAGCCCAUUAGGUGAGGACCUUGUAGAUUCAACACUUGCGGAUGUUAUCUCUGUCCUGAAAAUGGAGGGAAUUUUUUCCUCCUCUCCGACUUUGGACGAGGAGCUGCUUGAUCUCUCCUCCAGUUGUUCUUCAUCAUCCAGCGAAACACUGCAAUGUGUGUCUGUUGGCCCUCUUGGCAGUGGGUCGGAGACGUCCUUCAAACUUCUUGGGGGUCGUACUCUGAGUAUUGCCACCCCAACGGCCCAUGUUAUCACAGAGGACUUAGAAGUCUACAGUGAUGAGAUCAUUGACGAAAUCCUUAUUAUAAUGAGGACCAAAAAAGAUGAUGACAGUGGAAGUGACGUCUCUGGUGCAUCAACACCAUGCAGCACACCAGCACCACAGAGCCGGUCCUCUUCUGCACUGAGGGGAGUGCUUCCCCAUGACAGGAGGAUACUCAGCACAACACUGCUUGGAAUCCAGAACACACUAGACAGUGAGAACCUCUCAGGAGAGUGCUCCAUCUCACCACAGGACAAUGCCAGAGUCCUGGAGAUGAUAAAGUUGCUGCAGAGGCGCCUUGAUGGGACACCCUCAGAGUCCUCCAUCCAUAUCACAGAUGUGGCUUCACCCUUGGGCUUUCCUCUCCCUGUAUCUCUCCAUGCUGUUCAGUCGUGUGUAUUUGCCACUGACAAAGACCUGAAGGCAGAAAGAGUGAAGGGAGUCUUUGAAAGCCUGAGAUCCCAGUUUAUGAGCUACUCCAUCAAGCCUGUGAGUAACAUCAUUACCAGGGCAACAACAAAGAUGGCUGCCUCCAAGCAGGUUAGUUUAGAGACACUCCAGGCAGCAUCAGCAAAAUCAUCUGCUGUGGCUCAGAACCUUAUUAGUUCGGUUUUAUUUCAAGUUGCCAAGGUGUCCUGCUCUGAUGACUUAGAGGGUCUGGGUGAUCAUCUCAGAUGCCCCUCAACUUUGACCAGAGUUCUGACACCUUUGACCUCAGAGAAGGCUACACUGACACCUGCUGUUCUGAAGAUCAGAAGGGAGAUGUGUAAGGAAGUGGCCACUGAACUCCAGAGUUUCUUGAUCAAGGAAUCCCUUACUGGCACCCAGACACCAUCCAAUGGACAUGCUUGCACUUCUGGUUCUGCCCCAAGGGAAGCUGUGCGGGACAUCCUGAGGAAAACCAAAGAGGAGGCUUCCAACAAAAGCCUGAAUAAUAUUUUCUCUGUUAAUUUGGAUGAGCGGCUCACAGACUCCAUUGCAGAUGCCUUAUAUCCAAAGCUGCAUGACACAUUGGAGUCCAAGAGAGAGCUGCAGGCUUCUUAUUACAGCUCCCAGAUCAGCUGCAGCCUCAGCCCCUUUGAAGUUGAGAGCAGCCUAGAGCUCCAGGAGUUCACUGACCCACUAUCUGAGUCAGUAUUGUGUCUCCUGGAUAGGACAUUUGGAGAUAAAGCUCAGAACUUAAAGACAGGCGGGGGUGUUUUACAAUAUGUCACAGACCCAACCUAUAAGAAGCUUUUGAUUGGACCCCACACCAACGAUGUCAAUGUGGUUGUGCACACGAUUGCAGUGGAGGAGUUGCCUGUUGAGGGUUGUAUUGCGCAAAGUGAGGCCAUUCAUGGCCUUCACAAGAAGCAAGAGUUACCUUCCAGCACCAGUGACAGAGGGAAUGAGACCCCGAGCCCUACUAAUUGCCUGCUGGAGGGUGUAGUGGGCAAACUGAUACGGAAGAUGCUAUUUCAGGGCCUUGACAUCCCUGAGUUACCCAUGAACGACAGCCGCUCUGAGAGCUUUAAGCCACAGUAUGAACUGAUUGCGAAGCUUUGUCCUCUGAUGGUAAGAACAAUCAUGGCUACAACCAUAGCCAAUCAACAACCUACUAUUCAAGAAGCAGUGAUGUCUUCCGACAACAUCCAUGUGAAAGAGCUGUGUGAGGCAGGUAUCAAACCUCUCAAAGAGAACCAUGUACCCGAUGACUCUGAGACAAACAUCAUGGUCAGAAGGGCUUUGAGUGAAAUUGAAUCCUGUAUGAUUGAGACCUCCGCCAACGACUCUCCCAGUCUACAUUCCACACCAGAGGUGGUUGUAGACCUGAUCACCAAGCUGCUUCAUGGGUAUGAACUUCCCUCAGAGGACUUUGCAUCACCUGUGUCAUCCCCAACCACCACUCUCUCUGAUGUGGCAAUGGACAUGGUGGUUUCUGUCCUUCGGGACCUGUCCGAUUCCCCAGACGUUACCUCCGCAUUGGAAAUGACCAAGGAUCUCAAGACGCCGUACUCCCGCCCCUCAAGUGCAAGGAUUGUAAGUGCCCUCUGCAGAGAGCUGGAGGAGCACAUGGGCUCUCCUGAUGCUCUGAGGCGAGCUUUGAGGCGCGGCAGCGGGGAGAUGACAACAGCCAUUGCGAGUGCAGUCACCAGGGAAGUCAACCGUCUGGGUUCAAUCGUACCUAAAGUCUCUGUCCGGCCGCUCUCCUCAGACAUCUGCCUAAGGACAGACCAGGACAAGGUCACGGUUAAGAGCCGAUGUGGCUCGGCUGAGGUGAAGGCAUCCCAACCGGUGUAUAUUAUUGUUCACGUAGAGGCGGUGAUGGAUAUCAUUGUCCGGCUGCGCGCUCUGAUUGUUCCUCGGACCCAGGAUAAACUGGCCAGCUGGACCCUAGUUGAGGAUGUGACCAACAAGCUGUCCAGUGCUCUGUGGGUGAGGGUGACUAACAGGUGGAGGGAAGCAAAUGUCUGCCUGAAGGCAACAGACAUCUUUCAGUUGGUGCUGUCUGUGCAUAGAAAGUUGAUGCAACGCUAUGGCACAGAGGAAGCCCUACAGAAGAUACUGUGCCACAAGGCACCCAAGCUGCACAAGGACAUUGUCUGUCUUGUCACGAACGGAAUUAUGGAUGCACCAUCCAAACUUCAAGGCACCAAAAAUCUGGAAUCUACACUCAACUUGAAAGAAUUGACAGCCUUGUUUAAUGAAAUGACAACCCGUCAAUCUUUGAAUAAGAAAGCUGAGCAGAGCAGCAUCAAGACUGAGAUUGAACAGCCGGAGUGGUCCACUGUGGAUCAAGUGACAUCCGGUUCCAGCAGCUUCAUUAGGGAGCUUAUAUUAGAAGAAGUCCUGAUGAAGCUUGUCAAGAAGAUAUGCCGUAUGCCAAAAAGGACCAACAAACAUCAGCGCAUCCAGAUCAGUGAUCUGGUGACUGAGCUGAUCCGAUUGUUCGAUGAUGAGGUGGCCAAAUAUCUGAUUGAGGAAAUGGGAAGCCAGCAAAAAAGUUUCAAUUCUAAGAUGACAUCGAAGCUGGCAGAUGCCAUCUACACUGACCUUGGGAAGGUCAAGCGUUUGAAACGCUCCUUGAAAAUUGACGAUUUAUUUGAGGAUCAGGAGAUGCUUUCCUUUGUCUCUGACAUUGUUUCCCACAAGCUACUGGCCAUCUUGAAACCCUCAGUGCCCAACCCAUAUGACCACGAGACCUCAGACCUUGAAGACUCAUGCAGGGAUGAUGUGGAGGAUGCGGAAUCUGAGGGGGUGCAUUAUGCCACCGGCAGAAAGUCCAAGAUGAGCAUUGUCCUUAAAGACACUACAGACCAGCCAGAGAUGUACAUUGCUGUGGAUUCUCCACCUAUGAUUAAAUUAUCCAAGAUGAGGAAAGGCAUCCGGGGCUUCUUCUGGGGAGUCCAGAAGGCCUGGAAACGCUUGGUCACCUGCAAGUCCUCUGGGUCCUCUGAUGGAUAGCCUGGAUGACGUGCAGCCCAUGUCAGUUGCUUUUGCCAGGCUACAUCUGAGGAGAACACCACAACUGGCCUCAAUACAACAUUUUUAUUUUUGUUGUUAAUUUCUGUUUUCAUUUUGAGUCCCCUAAUGCUGCUCUAUUUGAACCAGGCUGUCAGUGGACUAGCUUACCAUUAGUUUAUACUCCUUAAGGAAGAUCCACUAUAGGCUACUCAACACCAAAAUUCCAUCUGGGUCUUUUGAUCCCUUAUUAGCUCCCACUCCUGUUACUAGGAAUGUGAGCUUCUAAAUGUCAUUCAGACAUCUACAGCUUCUCCUGUGAUUAGGAAGAUAAGCUAAGAAGCCCAACCAAUUGACUAGAUGUGCUGUACAUCUGAUGCCAUCUCCCUAUUGUAAUCAUUGAUCCACGUCCAUUGCAGCCUCUACAUUUGAUGUAGAUAUUUAGCCUAAAUUAAAGAAUUACAAGGAGGGUAGGCCGACAGCAGCUUCUACUCUUCCGAUUAGGAAAGUGGUGCUAAACUUUUUGGGAUUUGAGGAACUAUGUAUUUUAUUUUUCAAUCACUUACAUACUUUUUAAUGGAUGUUUUAAUAAACCAUUUGUAUUGCAGAUUUUGAUUAAUAUUGUAUCUUUCAUAAUUGUUCAUUUUAAUUUAGGUAUUCAUUUCAUGACAUGGGACUAAAGCGUAGUUGAUACCCUACAUACGUACACAAGAAAUAACUACAAGCAGCUACACAAAAAACACUCUACACAAGAACGCAGGAUCAGCAUUUUGUGAAGCGUUCUUGUGUUACACACGAAGGGUAUGAACUAGGCUUAGUCAUUUUAUGACUUCUAUAAGGGUAUAUAAUGGUAUCCAUAGUGCAGUAUUAAGAUAUUCAUUAUGGAGCUUUAUAUUAUAGUAGAAAUAAUGUUAAUGAAUAAAAGUGAAUUGAUGUAUGUCAACUUGAUGGCAAUAUUUGCUUGCUCAACAAAAGCUAUAUUGGUGUUAGAAGGUCUGAAGUUGCAUGACAUUCACGUAUUUAUUUAAUUGGCACGGCCCUGAAAGAGGUAGAAAAGGCCUCAAGAUGGCAACAAAUAUAUUCUAUCAGAAAAUCGAAUCAAUGUAUUUAUCACAUGCGCUGAGUAGAACAGGUGAAAUGCGUACUUACAUCUUCCUCUAACUCUGCCUUGGCAGAGAAGGGCUUGAUGAAUCAUAUACAGUAUAUUGAAUUCAGAGUUUCUAGUGUGAAAUACAACAUUGCUGUCUGCCAAAUUAAUUAGCAGUAUUAAAGCAGUGAGUGUACAAAACAUGAGUGCUCUUCCCAUGACAUAGAUGGACCAGGUGAAUCCAGGUGAAAGCUAUGAUCCCUUAUUGAUGUCACAGUGUAGAUGAAGAGGAGGAGACAGGUUAGUGAAGGAUUUUUAAGCCUUGAGACUAUUGAGACAUAGAUUGUGUAUGUGUGCCAUUCAAAGGGUGAAUGGGCAAGACAAAGUAUUGAAGUGCCUUUGAACGGGGUAUGGUAGUAGGUGCCAGGCACACCGAUUUGAGUUUGUCAAGAACUGCAACGCUGCUGGGUAUUUGACGCUCAACAUUGUCCCGUGUGUAUCAAGAAUGGUCCCAGUGGAAUGCUUUUGAGACUUUGUAGAGUCCCUGCUCCGACGAAUUGAGGCUGACUGAUCUGAGGGGGAAAAAGGGUGCAACUAAAUAUUAGGAAGGUGUUCCUGAUGUUUUGUGCACUCAGUGUAUAUACUUCAGGUUGUAUAUAUUUGAAGUUACAGGAGCAUGUGAGUCUUACGGCCAGCUGCCAUAUUCUUGCAUGUAUUCUGCAUCCGGAACAGUGAAGCCUGGCACAUGAGUUUAGUAUGAUGUGACAUAUGAUAUUUAUUCACCACAUGUUAAUGUGACUACUCUAUGUUUGCCUAACUUGGGGAGACAAAGAAGGUAAUAUUUACUUUCAGAAGAGGACUUAGACAUAUUGAAAAAGAGGACUUUAUCAUGGCCCAUUCAUCCUAGCAGGGAAGCCCCUCUCAGAGGCUGAGGCGAAGAGGAGCAGUCGUAAGCCCACUCCAUGUGAGUGGCUUUACCGUAACCUCAGGCACAGUGGAACGGGGGAAACUCAUCUGUAUAAUUGUGUUGAGGAGAUCCAGACUGCAUUUCAAAUUACACCCUAUUCACUAUACAAUGCAUUACUUUUGACCAGGGCCCAUAGGGGUCUAGUCAAAAGUAGUGCACUGUAUAGUGCCAUUUGGGAUGCAAAUUCAGACUCAGCUUUAAUAAAGGGAUUAGGUCUGCUAGCCAGUGUUCCGUCUCUCUCUCCCUAAACUUGAUCUCCAUUAUAAAAAGCAUCUAGACAUGAUCUCACAUUUCUUUUAGACUAAUAUUUAGUUUUCAACAGUCCAGAUUUGUAUGAACAUUAGUCUCUCUCCGACAUUUGCAACAUUGUUUCAAAUAUUCAAAUUCGAUCUCCAACUGUCCCAUAGUAAUAAACGUGUAGGGGUCGGGAAUCGGAACGAGAAAGAGAGAUGCCAGGCAGCGUUUCUCAGCCAGUCAAAAUCCUGAAUCAGCUGGCAUAAUUUUUAUGGAUUUAUACAAACAAAUGUCAAUUGAAAAAAGGUAAAACGAAACGAAGGGCAGCUAGUUUGCUGUCUUUCCAGCUCCAGUUUGGAGUUAUAGUGUUAGCUGUGUUGUUGGUUAGCUCCUCUGAACAGUAGUGUCCUAACAAGAGAGCACAUUUUUUAUGCAGGGUGAAAUCGUACCUGAUUAGCUCAUUGUUAUUGAUGUAUUCUCGAAGCCGGUGUUUGGAGGAUAUUGUCACGCCUGCUCCCACUCCCCCUCCACGCCAGGCUACCCGUCUGUACAUGCACCUGUCACCAUCACUACGCGCAGCAGCGCUCAUUGGACUCACAUGGACUCCAUCACGUGGUUGACCCUGUAUGUCUAUCUGUUCCUCGUGGUGUUCCCUGUGUACGCAUUACGUGGUGUUGUGUGUUCCUGUCUAGACGCUGUUCCUGUUCUGUUUAAUGUCUUUCAGUUAUUAAACCUUCACUCCCUGUACCUGUAUUGGCACUUCGUCUCAGGCCUAUAAACACCCGUGCCAAUAUAUCCAAACACCAGCUUCUCCAGCAUUAUCACUUAAAUAUCCACAGCCCUUGGAGGCUGGAAAGUCCCACCUAAAAUGUAAUUUGCUCAUCAGAGGGCCCGUUACGGCUUGCUUCUGUGAACGCUGCGUGUAACACAUUCGGUAUCAGGAAAAAUAAAUAGCAAGGUCUGCUAACUUUCUUUAAUUAUGUUUAAUUACCACAAACAAUGAAUGGCAAAUGCAAUUUUCGUAUAUACGGGUUCACUGUAUCUCCGCGCAGGGUAGAUCAGAGAACUGGCAGGAAGUACGUAAACAGCUGUUCUUAUACUGUGAUGACGUAGUUUCAACGCGUCUGUCACAGUAGAGGCUGGGCGUGGUUUAGACUUUGCCCCACCUUUGCUGGCCCUUGGCGCUUCCCUUUGUCCACAUCUGGUUGCUGGGUAGAUUAGAUCCGUCUUGUGUCUGUCGAUUCUACACUGAAACAGUUCCUAAUAUGGUAUUGUCCAGUAUUCUAACUUCCUGGUUGGCCUAGAGAGAUUCACCCCUCCCCUCUCCAGACUGUCCACAGCUUUUAUGGCCUGUGUUGGUCAGUCCUUACACCUACACACACACACACCCCCCUCUGUAUUGUUUGUGUGUGUGUGUAACAAAACAAUAUUCAUCUUCAAACAAUAUGCUAACAGGCUACAGUGCAUAAACAUAAAUCCUAACACUUCAAACAAAGCACAACGCUGGAAAUCUGUCCGCAUCCACGGAAACUAGUCCCAUCGUUCUAUGACGAACACAGAUGGUUUUAUAUCAAAUUCAGAGAGAGCUGCCAGUUCAUUGUUGGUUUGGCUGUACACUGAGUGUACAAAACAUUAGGAACACCUUCCUAAUAUUCCAUUGCACCCCUUUUGCCCCCAGAACACCCUUGUCGAGGCAUGGACUCCACAAGGUGUCAAAAGCAUCCCAUAGGGAUACUGGCCCAUGUUGAUUCCAAUUCUUCCCACAGUUGUGUCAAGUUGACUGGAUGUGCUUUGGGUGGUGGACCAUUCUUGAUACACACAGGAAACUGUUGGCACCUACAACCAUACCUCAGUCAAAGGCAAUUCAAUCUUAAAUCUUUUGUCUUGCCCAUUCACCCUCUGAACGGCACACAUACACAAUCCAUGUGUAAGGUGUGUAAUGUAAGGUUUGAAGCAAGUUUUCUGCAAUUCUACAUAUUUUGCUAUGGGACAGUGAGAACUUUUUAUAACAAAUGUCAUGCUCAUACUCAGUAUGCCAUGGGGCACAGAUAAUAAAAACUGUGCAGUUUUCCAGCUUAUUUCCUUCAAUUUGACCCAUUUUGCCAUGGGGUGGAUAGAAAUGUUUGCAGAUUUAAAGCAAAUUUCCUGCAAUUCUACACAUGUUGUAAUGAAUUAUGCCAUGUUAACAAGAUAUCUGAGUGUGAAUGACUAACAAAAUAAAUGGGUGCCCUCUGGAGGUCAGGGCCCCUGGGCACGGCAUUUGGCCAUAAUUAUUACUAGUUUAGAUAGCCGGCUAAACUACACUACAUUACCAAAAGUAUGUGGACACCUGCUCGUCGAACAUCUCAUUCCAAAAUCAUGGGCAUUAAUAUGGAGUUGGUUCCCCCUUUGCUGCUAUAACACUAGAUAUGGUAACAUUGCUGCGAGGACUUGCUUAUGUUCAGCCACAAGAGCAUUGUGAGGUCGGGAACGGAUGUUGGGCGAUUAGGCCUGGCUCGCUGUCGGCGUUCCAAUUCAUCCCAAAGGUGUUCGAUGGGGUUGAGGUCAGGACUCUGUUCAGGUGAGUCAAGUUCUUCCACACCGAUCUCGACAAACCAUUUCUGUAUGGACCUCGCUUUGUGCAUGGGGGAAUUGUCAUUCUGAAACAGGACAGGGCCUUCCCCACACUGUUGCCACAAAGUUAAAAGCACAGAAUCGUCUAGAAUGGCAUUGUAUGCUGUAGUGUUAAGAUUUCCUUUUACUGGAACUAAGGGGCCCAGCCCGAACCAUGGAAAACAGCCCCAGACCAUUAUUCCUCCUCUAACAAACUUUGCAGUUGGCAGUAUGCAUUGGGGCAGGUAGCAUUCGCCAAACCCAGAAUCGUCUGUCGUUCCAGAUGGUGAGGCUUGAUUCAUCACUCCAGACAAAGUGUUUCCACUGCGGUGAGCUUUACACCACUCUAGCCAACGCUUGGCAUUGUGCAUGGAGAUUUAAGGCUUGUGUGCGGCUGCUCGGCCAUGGAAACCCAUUUCAUGAAACUCCCGACAAACAGUUCUUGUCCUGACGUUGCUCCCAGAUGCAGUUUGGAAUGCAGUAGUGAGUGUUGCAACCGAGGAUAGACAAUAUUUACGCGUUACACUCUUCAGCACUCGGCGGUCCCGUUCUGUGAGAUUGUAUGGCCUACCACUUUGCGGUUGAGCCGUUGUUGCUCUUGGACAUUUCCACUUCACAAUAACAGCACUUACAGUUGACUAGGGCAGCUCUAGCAGGGCUGGAAUUUUACAAACUGACUUGUUGGAAAGGUGGCAUUCUAUAACGAUGCCACGUUGAACGUCACUGAGCUCUUCAGUAAGGCCUAUGGAAAUUGCAUGGCUGUGUUGCAUGGCUCCUUUUGACAUUCUAUACCCUGAGUUGCUCAAUAUCAAGUACACCAUUUAGCAGACGCUUUUAUCCAAAGGUUGAAAAGAGGUUGAAGAUUCCUUUUUCAUUGUCUGUUGUCAUGUUUUAACCAAUGCUACAUCACAAAGAGAGCAGUCUCCUUGCCAGACAAAUGCAUGUGUUGAAUGCAGUAUACUUAGAGAUGUGACUGACACGUGUACAUCUCCCUAUAUGUAUGUGUCAUGGGUCAGGGUUACAAAUACUGUACAUGUAUUCCCUGAGAACUGGUGUCUCUUUUCUCUCCCUCAUCUGCCUCACAGCACCUAAUGAACACACACUCCAGAGCCCAACUAUGAGAAUAAUCAAAAUGUGAACCUAUUACUCCACUAGAGCACAGUGGCUCUAAAUUGCUUUCUGCUUCAGCGGGUAAGCAUUAGAAAGCUGAUGUCUCCUUCAUGUCUGGAAGGCAUGAAUAAACAUAAUUUAAAGAAGGAAAUUAAUAUUAUGUAAUAUGACUCUAAUGACCAGAAGGAAUGUAUUGAAUUAAGCUGCCUAUUGUAUAUAAGCGGACAACAAUUAUACUAUGGCAUUAUUCAUUGUCGGGUAAAGUCAGUGAUAUGAGAUAUGGUAUGUUUAUUGAGGCAAGUAGAAAAUGGGAAGAAAGGGGCUUAAAGUCAGACUUAAGAACAUCCAACAGUUGUGCAUCAGGCAAGUGCAUUACCUAAGUCAGACUUUUAUGUGGAAAGCCCACUGAUGAUCUUUCUUUGAAGUCAUCUUAUUAUAAUCUUUGAAGUUUAUUAUUCAAAAAGUGAUAGCAUCAUUGUUGACCGGACCUAAGGAGGAUGGUAAAAGAGAAAUGGUGUCUACUCUGUGUGAAAAUAAAUCACCCUACAGCUU